UUCACUUCAAAUAACACACAGUUUUAGCACAUAGCGCCUCAUAUUUUCGUUUUGUAAAUGUUCUAUGCAAGUUGUGCUCAAUUUAAAACAGUAAUAUUGUCUUAAAUGUUAACAUGGGUCUAUUUGUCCGAUGCGCUGACAGGCGGUGUUUCGGUCUCUCUUAAACAUGGCCACCAUGAUGGAGUAUACGCUACAACUUUAAAAUUCAUAUAAUCGAGGAAAACUAUGUUUCUUUCACCGAAAUGAGGAAUGUUUCGACCUGAAAUAGCGUACCGAACGCCUAAUCCACAUGCGAGCUUUGGGAAAAGUUUCUUCUUGGAUUACACACUGAAUUAAGUUGGCUGGAAGCUGGAAAGGAAAAGAGAAUUGCAUCAAAUCCAAUGUCAUCAGAGGAUAAGAGUCUGGAUCCCUCUGACCAAGGACCAUCUCCUCCCCUGAGCAGUGCUGGGGCUACGCCCUCAGGGAGCCCGGCCCCCUCAGAUAAACGCCCACGGGGCCGGCUGCGCAAGGAUGCUGCCUCUGUCACACCCAAGUCAAAAAGGAAGUAUGGCAGUCGAGCUCUGGCAGAUGAUGAUGACAGUAUGGAUGCCACUGAUGUCACACCAACUCCAGUCAUUGACAUCACACCAGACAUGGAUGUUGCCGAGACGGAAACUGAUGACGACUUUCCUGAUCCGCUGGAUCUCAGUCCUGGAGACGAGAGGCCUCUGUCCCCGCUGUUCCAGCGCUCCAUGUCAGAAGACUCCGCUGGCUCGUCCGCCUCCAACACCAGACAAACCAAAACUAGAGAAAAGCUGUGUGCCUUCUGCUACUGUGGAGAGAAGAGUCUCUUAGGUCAGGGUGAGUUGAAGCUGUUUGGACCUACGCCUGGUUACGUCCCCCUGCACAUUCGGAACCGGCGCGGCAGCUCGGAGAAGGACGACGAUUACCACGAUGAUGACAAUGACUUUGACGACAAUGAUGACAACCGGAGCCUGGGGCAUCAAGGGAGCGGUCUGAAAAAGGUCAGCUCGCCAGACAGCGGCCUGCACUCAACUUCAGCUCCCGGUAGUACAGACCCCACUGCAGAGGAGCCCGGCCGCAAGGUCUGGGAUGAGCUCGGCCAAAUCGGCCUUCCCGAUGACAUUAAUGUAGAGUCUUUGUUCGACCCCACUGGGCAGUGUUGUGCUCACCUGCGCUGUGCAGCGUGGUCUGAGGGUGUAUGCCGUGGGGAGGGACAAUCAUUGCUGUACGUGGACAAAGCAAUUGACUCAGGGAGCACAGAGUGCUGUGCAUACUGUAAGCGCCUUGGAGCCUCCAUAAAGUGCAGUGAGGAGAGCUGUGGGCGCUCUUAUCAUUACCCCUGUGCGGCUGCUGCCGGAACCUUCCAGGACAUGAAGAGAUACACCCUUCUCUGCCCUGACCACAUACAACAAGCCCCUGCACGAUCAAAAGAUGAAGUAAUAUGUGUGGUGUGUGACAGUGCUGGAGAUGUGUUGGACCAGCUGUUCUGCUGUACAUGUGGUCAGCAUUACCAUGGGACCUGUCUGGACAUCACAGUCACACCGCUCAAAAGAGCAGGCUGGCAGUGCCCCGAGUGUAAAGUCUGCCUCACAUGCAAGAACCCAGGAGAUGACAGCCAGAUGCUGGUGUGUGACAUGUGUGAUAAAGGAUAUCAUACCUUCUGUCUGCAACCUGUCAUGGACUCGAUACCCACCAACGGCUGGAGGUGCAAGAACUGUCGGUCGUGUGCUCAAUGUGGACUGAGAUCCAGUGGUCCGUGGUCUUCUAAUGGUCUGCUGUGUGACGGAUGCCAGCAGCAGAAUCCAGCUCAGCUAUGCCUCAUCUGUGGACAGAAUCAAGAUACAGUUCACACUCACUCCUGCAGCACAUGCAAGAGAUGGGUUCAUGUGAACUGUGAGAGGCAGGAGGGUGGUGAACCUGAUGCCCAGGUGCAGGACGGGUACACCUGCAGUGUGUGUAAGCAGCACCGUCAGCCCGUCAGCAGGCAAGAGGCGCCGCUUGCUGACCCAGAGCCAGUCGAGGAUGUCUUGGCUGUUGAGGAAGUUAAUGAGGCUGAAGAAGAAGUGACACUGGAGCCAGAGCCCACUGCUAGUCCACUUCCUUCAGUUCCAGAAGAGUUUCUGUCAUCUGCUGAGCCUUCCCAGGAGAUCCAGGUUACGGUCACACUUACAGAGGCUCCAGAGUCUCCACCGUGCUCCUCCACUCUAGUGGGCGUACCCUCCCUUUCGUUUCAGGCCUCUACCACUACUGAAGGUCACGACGAGGAACACAAUCUCAUUGAUGGUUUGGAAAUGGGGAAGGAAAUAGUGGACACACUGCCUGAACCUACAGAAGAUAAACCUAAAGCAGACGUUUCAAAAACUCUUCCUGAUUUGCCAACCAAAGAAACAUCCCCCAAGCUUUCUCCAGCCCAAGAGGAGGAACCAAUGGACAUCUGUACCCCAGACCCCUCCAGUAUAAAGGAUAAAGGAGUGGCAAAUGUCCCAAAAGCUCCAAGUGUAGUUGAGGUUAUCGAGCAGGGAUGGAAGCAAGACCAGCAAGAAGACGAAGAGGAGAAGGUGGAAGAACCUGAGUUCACUUGUGUGUUACCUGAGUCUGGGAAUGUCCCACUGGUUCCAGAGUGUAGUCCUACAGUGGAAAUGGACACUACACCUACCAGUGACCACAGCCUCUCCAGAUUCAGUUCUCCGAUUGAGGAUGAGAGCAUGUUCUUAAAGCAUUCCCUGGGAUUGUCCUCUGAGGCUUCAACCAAGUUGACCCAGUCCCCGUUCUCUACAGAGGCCUCGCCCAGGGAGGUAUCUCAAAGUCAGACGCCAACCUAUGGCCUGAACCCUGCCGGAUAUAGCCCGAGUGUGUCCAACACUACCUUCAUCCCACUUACACCCAAAAUAGGUAUGGGAAAACCAGCCAUCUCGAAAAGGAAGUUCUCUCCAGGCAGGCCAAGAAUAAAGCAGGGUGCGUGGAGUAACCGUAGCGCAGUGAGCUCACCCUCCUUGUCUCCAGAGGGUGUGGACGCAUGGGACAGCCCUAAGACCAGGCCGCUGCAUGGGCUGCCCAUCUGGACUGUGAGAUUGGGUCGUGGAUCUGGCUUCCCUGGAAGGAGGCGACCCAGAGGAGCUAACCUGUCUGGUAGAGGAGGCAGAGGCCGCUCCAGGCUAAAGAUGGAGAGCAGCCCUGUGGUGACCCCUGGGGUGAACAUCAUGGAUUCACCAUAUGUGGUUAAAGAGGAGGAGGAGAACUCCAUGCACAACACUGUAGUGAUGUUCUCCACAUCUGACUCUUUCACACUUAAACAAGACAUGUGUGUUGUUUGUGGGAGUUUCGGUCAGGGGGCUGAAGGCAGACUGCUGGCGUGUUCCCAAUGCGGACAGUGUUACCACCCCUUCUGUGUCAACAUCAAGAUCACUAAGGUGGUGUUGAGUAAGGGCUGGCGCUGUCUGGAGUGUACAGUGUGUGAGGCGUGCGGGCAGGCCACUGAUCCCGGCCGUUUACUACUGUGUGAUGACUGUGAUAUCAGCUAUCACACAUACUGCCUUGACCCACCGCUGCAGAAUGUACCUAAAGGAAGCUGGAAGUGCAAGUGGUGUGUGUUGUGCAUUCAGUGUGGAUCAACGUCGCCCGGCCUGGGCUGUGAGUGGCAGAAUAACUACACACAGUGCGGCCCAUGUGCGAGUCUCGUCGUGUGUCCGGUGUGUACGCGCAGCUACAGAGAGAAAGAGCUCAUCUUACAGUGCCGGCAGUGUGACAGGUGGGUUCAUGCUGUAUGUCAGGGGCUGAACUCUGAUGAAGAGGUGGAGCGUGCAGCAGAUGAUGGCUUUAACUGCUCCCUAUGUAGAAUGCAUAACACGUCCACACCAGGUGGCACAGUGGCCAAGCUCACAGACAUCAGCGAACCUCCUUUACUGGCACAAAUUCAAACAAAAGUCAAGGAAAAUGACUUCCAGAGGACGUACACUCAGGACGGAGUGUGUCUCACUGAAUCCGGCUUGUGUCAGCUACAGAGUCUGUGUGUGCAGACGGCCCGCCGCAGACGACCCAAACCCAAACUCAAGCUGAAGAUCAUUAAUCAGAACAGUGUGGCGGUACUGCAGACGCCCCCCGACCCACAGUCUGAGCUCUUCAGAGAUGGAGACAUGGACGACAACAGAGAGGGCGACCCGAUGGACUGUGAUGUGAAAUCUGACACCAGCCCGGAGCGCGAGCCCAGCGAUGACCUCCUGAAGGGGGCAGACGGCGGCGACAGCAACAAGAAGAGGAAGAGGAAGCCAUACAGACCGGGUAUUGGUGGGUUUAUGGUGCGUCAGAGGAGCAAAGCAGGGCAGGGGAAAGGCAAGCGAUCCCUUAGUCAGAAAGACUCCACAAGAUCACUAACGGAGAACUUUGUGGGGAAGGAUGAAGGCUGGAAUGAACCAGACACUCCUGUGGACGAGACUCCAGUGACUGAACCUCUGGAGAAAGUCAAGAAGAGAUACAGAAAGAAGAAAACAAAACUGGAGGAGGCCUUUCCCUCAUACCUACAGGAGGCGUUCUUUGGGAAAGAACUGCUGGAUAAAAGCAAGCAGAAUAAGACGGCUCUGGAAACACGGCUUGUUGGGGAAGAAGCCAGGCAUGCGGACUGCAGGUCACAGAGCAGCAGCUUUCUGGACCAGCUAUCUGUCCCGCUUCGGAGUGCCACUGCAAAUCCAGUCCCACCUAAAGCAGGGCCACUACCCAAUGUGGAUGAUCCAUUAGCGGAGCUGGUUCUGCAUUCCGAUGAUGAUCUGCUGGGAAUGCUGUCCGAUGACCUGGUCAAGCCAGGGCCUGAUUCAGCUGGUCUGGACAUUGGCACCAUUCCAGAUGAUCAAUCGGCUCCCCCUCAUCCAGGCCCUGCUCAAGGGUCUCGACCACUACAGGAGGAACCACUGGAUGUCAUACUGAGCCCUGAACUGGACAAGAUGGUUUCUGAUGGGGCCAUUCUUAGUAAGCUGUACAAAAUUCCAGAGCUGGAGGGGAAGGAUGUGGAGGAUUUGUUCACAGCAGUGCUCAGUCCAAGCACCAGCCAGGCUCCUCAGCUUCCUCAUCCACCCAACAAUGCCCCAGCCACAGCAAUGACCCUCCAGAACCCAGGUAAUGUUGGAAUGUUCCCUCGUAUUCCUACAAUGAAUGGUAUGAUGGGGCCAAACACCCACUUUCCUCCAAAACCUAUGAUGCCUGGAGCCGGUGUAUCUGGCUCGUUCUCUCCCAUUCACCGUAUGCCUUUUCCAGAAAAUGUGGGGGAGAAUAAAUUUAGCCAGAUGAGGGGUGAUGUGAUGGGUCCCUGGACUUCUCCUGUACCCAUGCCUGGAUCGGUCCCUCCACCAGAGGCAGAGGCUGACACCAUGUCAAAUGCUCAGAGGAGUACGCUGAAAUGGGAGAAAGAGGAAACACUUGAAGAAAUGGCUACCGUGGCUCCUGUUCUUUACACCAAUAUGAACUUCCCUAACCUUCGAGAUGAGUUUCCAGAUUGGGCAACUAGAGUGAAGCAAAUUGCGAAGUUAUGGAGGAAAGCCAGUUCUCAGGAAAGAGCACCGUAUGUGCAAAAGGCACGAGACAACCGAGCAGCCCUUCGUAUAAACAAAGUCCAGCUGUCUAACGAUACAAUGAAAAGACAGCAGCAGCAGCCAGCUGAUCCCUUUGAUUCCAGCGUUGCCAUGGAUGCAGAGCUGCUCUUCAAAGACCCACUCAAGCACAAGGAGUCUGAGCAUGAGCAAGAAUGGAAGUUUAGACAGCAAAUGAGACAAAAGAGCAAACAACAGGCCAAGAUUGAAGCCACUCAAAAGUUAGAGCAGGUUAAAAGUGAGCAGCAGCAGCUGCAGAAACAGCAACAACAGCAAUUCAGUGGGCAGUCUGUUGAAGACAGCCCUAAUAGUGGGAAUCAGAGUCCAAUGUCAACUCAGAUCAGCAGUGGAGGUAAUGCUUCUCCUUUGCAUGCAUUAACCCCCAAGGAUGGCUUUGCAAGGGCCCAAAUCCCUGGAACACCAUCAUGUACAUCAACAGAUGAUGUAUUUUUGCGUCCCCAACUUCCACCCACUUCAGCCGCAGCAAAGACCCUGACCCAGGAAACCCAGCACACACAGGGGCCCUCAUCUCAGCCUCAGUCUCCACAAAUGUUUUCACCUGAAUCUUCUGGUUCCCGUCCCUCUUCACCUUGGGAUCCAUAUGGGAAAAUGGUGGGAACUCCACGGCCUCCAACAUCUGGGUCCAGCACGCCCCGCAGAGGCUCUGUGUCUGACAUUCAAGAGAGGAGCCGGCCCUCGCCAGCCAAUGAAUCUUUUGGGUCUCCAACAUCUGACAGCAAUGACCCAUAUGCAAAGCCUCCAGACACACCUCGACCAUUAGACCCAUUUGUGAAACCUAUGGGUCCACCCAGAUCUGAACCUGUAUCAGAGCAGCAUCAACAGCAACAAGGACGUCACUUGAUCAGUAAUGUUACACUAGGAGACAAUUUCUCCAGAACAGGCCAAAGAUCGGAAGUAUACCAGCACAUGACACAUAGCCGAAUGGUCCUCUCUGAUCCCUUUGCUAGGCCGCUGUUAACACCUAUUCCAGGAAGUAACGAAUCUGGAUCUGUGCCUGUGUUCAAAACACCCAUGCCGCCUCCGCACUCACAGCAAGACUUAUUUAAUGCAGGACAACAAGGCAUGAGAAGGGGGUCUUCUGACAUUUUCUCUCAUGUUCAACAGUCCGACCCUUAUGCACAUCAUCCUCUCACUCCUCAUCCAUCAGUGGGAGAUGGUUUCAGUAAUGAGGGUAGAAUGCUGCAUCCACAUGGAAGUCCCUUCGCCCAACCAUUGCCCAUGAGCAGGCAUCCUCAGCGGGAUCCAUAUUCACAAGCACCAGCACCAUCAAGAACCGAUUACCCUCAACAGAUGCUUGAUCCAUAUGCCCAGAUGCCUGGUACCCCGAGACCCCGUGAUCCAUAUGCCAAGAUGCCUGGUACCCCAAGACCACACUCUGAUCCAUACCCUAUGCCACCAUCCACACCUAGAACUGCAGCAAUUGAUCAGAUUCCUCAGUCACAGUCUAAUUGUUGCAGACCAUCUCCUUCUCGUGCCCUUGAUCCAUAUGCACAAAUGCCCGGUACACCAAGGCCUUCUCCUGGAGAGAGAUACCCUAAAUCCCUAGGUAGUCAGAGAAACCCAGAUCCCUACUUGCAGCCUCCUGAAACGCCUAGGCCAGACAAAAAUGACCUUUAUGAUCAGCCAACAACACCAAGGCCAGUUCUCACCGAUCCAUAUUCCCAACCCCCUGGAACCCCACAUCCAGGGGCUGGCCCAGAGGCCCUCCCCAGGCCAAAUCCUAGAGCAAACCUCAUGCUUCAUCAAACAGACCCAUUUGUUAAUCAAACACAAAGCAGGAUGCAGGACCCGUUUGUUCAUCCAUCUGCCUCUGGUUCUCAAACCCCUAAACAUCCAGGGAUUUCAGAUGAAGGUUUCUCCCUGGCACAGAUAAACUCUAACCAGACACCUGUUCAUGAUCCAUUUGAACAAGCUCCGCUAACUCCAUGCUUACAAACUGGGGAAAUAUUGUCACAUGAUGUUCCAACAAACACAAGCAACACAUUGGAUUCGCAGAACACAAUGCAACCACCUCUUGGGGAAACCGAAGAGAAAAUGAAACAGCGCCAAAGACUACGGCAAUUGAUUCUCAAACAACAGCAGCAGAAAAGUGCCAUAAGACAGGAAAAUGGACUUCAGGAGGCAUCUGCCUCUUCUGCACCUGGGACACCACGUCAUUGGUCUCAGGACGAUUCUGGACCUCAAAAUGAUAUGUUUGGCAGACCCCCACCUCCAUAUCCAGGUGCUAUGAGGUCUUCACCAAUGCAGACAGGGCAGAGGUGUCCUGUAACUUUCCUUGGUGAUCAACGAGGGCACUUGCCUGAUGAACCCCAGUGCUCCCGACCACCGUUUCCCAGGGACCUGAACAACAUGGGCAUGAGACCUCAAGGACAUAGGUUUGGAUUUCCUUCUGGUGCCCCAAGUCAUAAGCAGUUUCUCAGGCACCCUCACCAAAUCCAAGGUGGACCAGUGGUUGACAAAGUUCCACCACAUAUGAGAAGAUCUCUUUCAGUUGACCUUAUAAGGUCAAUGGGCAGUAACCAGCAAAUGGGUCUUCCCCAGCAUUUUCCACCACGUGGCCUUCCAAUGCAGCAACACAAUAUAAUGGGACAACCAUUUAUUGAGCUUCGUCAUAGAAUUCCAGAGAACAGAGUCAGACUACCUUUUGGGACACCUAAUGCUUUGAAUCAUCCUAAUCAUCCUCAGAAACCCCCUUAUGGCUUAAUGGGAGGCCAAAAUGUGGCCUUUAUUGGAAACCAAGGUCCCAGAAUGAUGGAUCCGAUGUUGGGCCAGUCUCAACAAGGAUCAAUCAGUCACUUGCAAACACUAGCUAAUAUGGAGAAUCUGCAUCACCAGACAAAUACUUUAGUGCAUUCAGCACCACAACAGACUCCAUUAGCAGCAUCACUUUCAGUUUCAGUUGCUCCCAGUCAACCUGCUCUACUACCUCUGACCGCUUCUGGUCCAACAGAGGAGAUCCCAUCACCUUGUGGUGAUGGUAUCGAGGAAAAGUUAGACACCGAUGACUCUGCUGUGAAGGACCUUGAUGAUGUGGAGGUCAAAGACCUGGUUGAUGAAGACCUGGACAACCUGAACCUUGAUGCAGAUGAUGGCAAAGAUUUAGACCUGGAAACAAAUGACCUUCACCUUGAUGAUCUUCUGGAAUCUGGAAAGUUUGAUCUUAUUGCUUAUGCAGAUCCUGAGCUGAACCUUGAGGACAAAAAAGACAUGUUUAAUGAGGAACUGGAUCUGAGUGAUCCCAUUGAAGAUGAUCAUGGGGAGACCUCAGACCUUCAGAAGGCUCUGUCUGAGAAAAGAAAUGCCAGAUGUGGUGGUAUGUCAUCGGCUCAUCCUAAAUCAGAGGAUGUACAAGGUCCUAGUAAUGUGAAACUAGAAAAGAAUCUGCCAAAAGACAUUGAUAAUCCUCAGACUGAAAGAACUACUCAAACUGAGGGCCAUCAAGGUCCAGUGGACAACCAAGGGCCUUCUCCUAUUAGUGGUAAAGAUGAUCAAGAUAAUGUCCCUGGCCUUUUUGAGGAGCCUUGUACAGAUGUACGUCCUGGUACUGCUCCAGUGCUUUCAAGCCUGUUGAUCAAGGAGAAACUGGAGGAUACUAGGAGUGAACCCAUAGUUUCUCCUCUACCCAGUGACCCUACUGCCCAGACUAAUCUUGGCCCGGGCGUCCAAUCAAACAUGGGUAUGGUGAUGCUACAAGGACAACCCUCAGACCAUGGCAUAAACCCUGUAGUGACUAUGAGCCACAGGGAGGACCCAUCUCUUACUCAAGGGGCAUUGUUAGAUAACCCAAAUAUGAUGCAGUCUGGCAACCAUCAGGUUCCACUUCAAGGGUUUGGAGCCUUGCAGGGACAACAAGUGGAUCUGAACCUGCCCAUAGUUGGUGGUCAGCAGCCUGUUACCCAUCCCGUAAACCCCCAAACUCAACAGGGCAUGUUCACUCCUGGAACUGCAGGGCAACAAGGGUCUCAAUUUCAGCCAACUCAACAGAACCGGCCUCUUCUGUUAGAAGAGCAGCCCCUCCUUUUACAAGAUUUGCUGGAUCAAGAGAGACAGGAGCAGCAACAACAAAGGCAGAUGCAGGCCAUAAUUCGCCAACGGUCCAGUGACACUUUUUUCCCUAACAUUGACUUUGAUGCCAUUACUGACCCAAUCAUGAAGGCAAAGAUGGUGGCUCUGAAGGGGAUCAACAAAGUGAUGGUACAGAACAGUAUGGGUAUGACACCCAUGGUUAUGAACAGAGUUCAACAGAUGCCUGGAACUCAUGGUCCGGAUGCAGCUGGUUUCUCUCAGCAUUUUUUUGGACCGGAUGGAAAGUUGCCGCCUCAGAUUGCAAGACCCAACCCCCCUAACUUUGCACCAGGGUUUGUCAAUGAUUCUCAGAGGAAACAGUAUGAGGAAUGGCUUCAGGAAACACAGCAGCUUCUUCAAAUGCAGCAGAAGUUUCUAGAGGACCAGAUUGGGGCCCACAGGAAAUCUAAAAAGGCCCUUUCUACAAAACAGCGCACAGCCAAAAAAUCUGGCCGGGAGUUCCCAGAGGAGGAUGCCGAACAGCUGAAACAUGUGACUGAACAGCAAAGCAUGGUUCAAAAGCAGCUGGAACAGAUACGGAAGCAACAGAAGGAACAUGCUGAGCUCAUCGAAGAAUAUCGCGUUAAACAGCAACAACAGCAGCAACACCUUCAACCUGGUGUGAUGGGUCCGAUGCAGGCCAUGCCAGGAAUGCAAGGACAGGCACAUGGAAUGAUGCCUGGUGGACCUCCUAUUGGCCAGCCUAUGAUAGGUCCUAUGAUGACGAUGCAACAGCCCCACCUUGGUCAGCCAAAGCCUCUUUGCUUGCCCAACAUACCAGGCUGGCAUCCAGGAGCUUCUGGACCAAUGGGACCCAGGAUGCCACCUCACAUGCCCCCUCAAAUGCCACUUCCUAACCCUGCUCAAACUCUUCAGGCACAACCACCUAUGGUCCCUGGAGGUAAACCUGGGCAGCCUGGCACUGUAGCUGGAGGUAAUGGUGUAGGAGCCAGUAGUGGUGCUCCUCACAUGAAGUUUGAUGAUAAUAAUCCAUUCAGCGAGGGCUUCUUGGAGCGGGAGCGUCGGGAACGCCUCCGAGAACAGCAAGAGAAGCAGCGGGUGCAGCUUAUGCAGGAAGUUGAAAGGCAAAGGGCCUUGCAAAGGCUCGAGUUGGAGCAGCAGGGAUUGGGGAUUGGACCUGAUAACAGCCCAAAUGGCCUUGCCCAGAUGCCCUUCUAUAAUGCCGACCUAUCGCAAGAGUUCAUUCAGACACCUAGGCCUCAACAGCAGAUGGGCCCAGUGUUUCCCCAGCAAGGAAAAAUGCCAUUAGACUUUGUGGGACCAGGUCCUGGUUUUAUGCAAGGUGAUGAGUGCAGACCUAUGCAUUUUCAGACCAAGAACCCCAUGUUGCAUGGUUUCCCAACAUGUCAGCCUCGGCCACCUGGGUUUGGAGGGCCUGGAAUGCCGCCCCACGGUGGAGGUGAAGCUUCCUCGUUUGGCAUGGAUUCCACAACCCCCUUACCUCCGAACUACCUUGGUUCAGGACAGUCCCUCAUCCAACUCUACUCCAACAUCAUUCCAGAGGAGAAGGGCAAAAAGAAAAGAAACCGGAAGAAGAAAAAGGACAAUGAUGCAGAUUCAGUCAAAACUACUUCUACACCUCAUUUGAACCUCACCGCCCCUCUUACACCAUGUGUAUCAGACACCUCAUCCACCCCAACUCGCAUUGUUGCCAUCUUGGGGGACCAGGAUACCUCAGAGUUUUCCAAUCCCCUAGGCUCUAUGCCUGGCCUCCAGCCUUCUUCAGAGCUGGAAAACCAAAAUUCUGGAGGAGCUCUGCUGAGGCGGCAGUGCAGCGUGGGCUCGGAGGCAGAGAGAGGGCUCUUCCAUGAGGUCAAGUUGGAGAAGUUAGAGGCCAGUGAGUGCCAGAAGGCUGAAGAAGAGGCUGCACUCAGCCAUAGUGCAGGAGGAGGUGGUAUUGUAAAGACAGAGGAGGGUCAUGAAGUUGCCUCCCCCAGCCCAACAUCCCAGAGUCCAGCUCAGAGCACAGGAGACACUGGGAAUGAGUUGCUCAAACAUCUCCUGAAGAACAAGAGCACACCUCCUCCCUCCUCAACACCUGUCAUACAUCAUAUGUCCGUUGACAGCAUAAGAUCAGAGGAUGAGGGCCUGGCCAACAGCAAAGGCUCUGAAAGACUUGGAAGUAUAGAUUCUUUGAGUGGCAUAAACUGUCAGUUGACUGUAAAUGCAGAUCUGGAGUUAUCUCUACCAGAGCAAUGCAAGAGAAAACAACGCAACAAGAGGACGCCAAAGAGUUGGAAUGAGAAAGCCCCGUCACGCUGGAAAAAGAGGAAGAAGGAGAAUGAAGAGAGGCAGGCACUGUACACCAGCACAGAUACACUAAUGACUCAACUCAAACAGCAGCUCUCUAUGCUCCCGCUGAUGGAGCCUGUGAUCAGGGUGAACUUUGCACACUUUCCCCUCUACGGCAGCAGGCAGCUGAAUGGAGAGAACCGCCUGUCUGGAUCUUUUGGAAGUGCAUCACUGGACGGAGUAUCUGAUUACUACUCACAGCUCAUCUAUAAGCAGAACAAUCUCAGCAAUCCCCCAACACCACCUGCUUCAUUGCCCCCCACACCGCCCCCUGUGGUCAGACAGAAGCUGUUGAAUGGCUUUGCCACUGUGGAGGAACUGGCCAGGAAGGCUGAAGUUAUGGACCUGGGUAAGAAUUUCCUCUCUGGUGACCAGAAUUCAAAAGAGAACCUCUUUUCAGUUUCUAAAAGCUUGGGUCAGAAGCCACUCACGACAUUCACAGGUGAAGAUGUCCUGCUGGGUCACACAAUCACUCACGGCCCCAAGACUGUUGACGUUCCUGCGUCCCUCCCCACUCCACCUCACAACAACCAGGAGGAACUCCGGGGUCAAGAGCAUUUUGUGGACAGGGACACACCAGACAGCUUUGUCCCAUCAUCCUCUCCUGAGAGUGUGGUUUGCAUGGAGAUCAGCCGUUAUCCAAAUCUCUCAAGAGUUAAAGAGGAGCCACCGUCCCCUGCUGUCUCUCCAGUUAUCCCAAUGCUGCCCAGUGCCAGUGGUAAAGGCUCUGAAGCCAGGCAGUGGGAAGUCAAGACGGAGCCACCCAGCACUUUCUUUGAUUCGCAGUUUGGCCAGCUGCCCACCUGCUCAAGAACUGACCUGGUGUCUGUAGCCAUUUCUCUGAACCCAGUGGCUGCACAGAACAUUCAAGGGGUGAUGUCAGCACUGGCCAACAUACUAUGCGUAUCAAUCCCAGGCAGCUAUGAGGUGAUCCGCUCUCCAGGCCCAGAGCAGCGAGGCUCAAUAGAAAUGCUAUCUGGACUGAAGGUCCCUCCUCAAACUGCCCUGUUCAACCAGCAACCUGGAAUGAGGCUCAUCAGGCUUCCAGGUGCCCCAGUACCCCAUCAAACAUUCAGCGAGGGUUCAGUUGUGAUCAGACCAGACUAUCAGAUGGGUGGAUGCAGUCCAGGGUCUAAACCGCAGUGGUGCUCCCACUGCAAGGUGGUGGUGCUUGGAAAUGGGGUCCACAAGUCCAUCAAAGACCUUCCCAUAAAUAUUCAGGGCCAUGGAGGAGCUGAGGGGAGCCUGGUCUUCUGCAGUCAUAAUUGCUUUGUUCUCUAUUCAGCUGCCAUGCAGACUAAACUUGUACACAGCAAGCCAAACAUGCCUCUUAUGUCUGACUCUGAGGACAAGCAGAGUCCUGUUAAGGUGCUCCAUCAAUACAGUAACAACAUAUCUGAUCUGGAUGUGCACUGUUUGGCCCAGCUGCAGCCCAAGCAGUCUCUAUCCCCAUCUCCACCAAUAUCCUUCCCCUCUAUCACUUCUGAAACAUUCAGAGAUGCCAAAUCUGAUGCACUGAAGGUUACGGUCAAACUGAAGCCUCAGCUUCGAGCGGUGCACAGUGGUGGGGAUGACCCUUGGCAUUUGUCAGGAAAGCGUUGGAAGGCUGUGCGUUGGAGGAAGUGGAGUGUUCACAUUGUGGUGCCUAAGGGUAACUACCACCUGCCAGUGGAGGAAGAGGUGGAUGAACUGCUGAAGAAACUUGGGAUGUCUCUUAGAGCCGAACCCAUGCCCAAAGACUCACGCCGCUGCUGUUUCUGCCACGAAGAAGGAGAUGGGCUCACUGAUGGGCCGGCCCGACUCCUCAACCUCGAUCUGGACUUGUGGGUGCACCUGAACUGUGCCCUCUGGUCCACUGAAGUCUACGAGACCCAGGCCGGGGCGCUCAUCAACGUAGAGCUGGCCUUGAGAAGAGGCCUAUCAGUGCGCUGUGCAUAUUGCCAACAAACUGGUGCCACAAGCGGAUGCCACCGCUUGCGCUGUACCAAUGCAUACCAUUUUACUUGUGCCCUUAAAGCACAGUGCACAUUCUUUAAAGACAAGACCAUGCUGUGCCACCUGCACAGACCCAGAGGAACCGGCUCAUUCGGAGGUGGGCUUGCAGGGACUGAGCAUGAACUCCGCUGCUUUGCUGUGUUCCGUCGGGUCUAUGUGCAAAGGGACGAAACACGGCAGAUCGCCAGCAUCAUUCAGAGGGGUGAGCGGGAACACACCUUCCGUGUGGGUAGCCUGGUGUUCCAUUCGGUCGGUCAACUGCUCCCGCAGCAGAUGCAGGACUUCCACUCAACUACUGCCAUCUUUCCUGUGGGCUACGAGGCCAGCCGCAUCUACUGGAGCAUGCGGCACGGCAACCGUCGUUGCCACUACGUGUGUUCUAUUGACGAGAAAGAUGGGGAGCCUGAGUUUAUCAUUCGUGUCGUGGAGCAGGGUUACGAUGACCUGGUGCUCACUGGCGCCUCACCAAAAGGUGUUUGGGAUAAGGUUUUGGAGCCAGUGGCAGACAGAAGGAACGAAACAGGUUUACUGAAGCUCUUCCCAGUUUACCUGAAGGGAGAGGACCUGUUUGGACUGACUGUAUCCGCUGUUACCAGAAUUGUGGAAUCUCUUCCUGGAGCUGAGGCGUGUGAGCAUUACACAUUCCGUUAUGGCUGUAACCCUCUAAUGCAGCUGCCUUUGGCUAUCAACCCCUCCGGAUGUGCCCGUUCUGAACCAAAAGCAUGCACACAUGUCAAGAGGUUUGUGUUGAGGCCUCACACUUUGACCAGCAGCAGCAGCUUUUCCAAGGCCUUACAGAGCCCUGGAAAUCCAAUUGAGAUGGGUGUGGCUCCAUACAGCAAACAGUUUGUCCAUUCCAAAUCCUCGCAGUACCGCCGCAUGAAGGCUGAGUGGAAGUCCAACGUCUACCUGGCCCGCUCACGCAUUCAGGGUUUGGGACUGUACGCUGCUAGGGACAUUGAAAAAUACACUAUGGUGAUUGAAUACAUUGGAAGUAUAAUUCGCAAUGAGGUAGCAAACAGGAAAGAGAAGAUGUAUGAGGCACAGAAUCGUGGAGUCUAUAUGUUCCGCAUCGAUAGUGAGCAUGUCAUUGAUGCAACAAUUACUGGAGGACCUGCAAGAUACAUCAACCACUCCUGCGCACCUAACUGCAUUGCUGAGGUCGUAACCUUUGAGAGAGAUAACAAAAUCAUCAUCAGUUCCAACCGCCGAAUCCAGCGAGGCGAAGAGUUGUGUUACGACUACAAAUUUGAUCUGGAAGACGAUCAACACAAAAUUCCUUGUCACUGUGGUGCCGUAAACUGCCGGAAAUGGAUGAACUAAACCUAAGAUAUCAGAGAAAUGAUGGACAAUUCAACAUAUAUGCAUUCCUUUUUUUUUUUUUUUUUUUUCCUUGGCCCAUUUAGAAACCGGAAACAUUGUAUUACUUAAAUUGUUAAGAAGAAAAAAAUCCAUAAAACAACAAACUAAAAUAUGUUGUUUGGAUAGGAUUUAGACCGCAGAACUGUAUGGAGUUUUACUUGGUUUUUAGAAAGUAAAAAGACUUUGGGAGUCUCUUAGUUCAGUGGCAGGAGAGUUGGUAGUUUAUGAAUGAGCACCUUCACCUAAAAUAAAAUAUAGGCUGCACACUGGUUACUCUGAAUUGCAAAGACAAUGUAAAUUUUUUUUUUUUUUUUUUUUUCUGUAUGAGAGAUGCGAUGAAGCGCCCUGGCAGACAGCGAGAGAUUUUCAAGUGGGCUUGGGCUUGAAAGUGCAGGCCACAGCCUUAUUUAGAUAUUAAGAGGCAGGUCCUCUGGAUAAAGAAAAAUAUAUACAGAUAUACACAUAUAGUUACAGAAAUGUAGACACCACUGAACAAGGAAUGUACUGAGAAGACUUCCUUAAGGAUAAAGCUAAUGGAAUUAUUAACUUGCACUAAAACAAAAGAUACCGUUGAAAUACUUGAUACCAUGAGUCAGUUUAUUUUUUCCUUUGUUUUGAUUUCUGUAAAAUAAGAUAAAGCUUUUGUAUUUAUUAUUGAUUGAAGCUAUUUUUUAAAAAUGUGGAGUUGCAGAUAGUCGAGAUGCUCGGAAAGCCUGCCCAUUGGACAGAACAUGUUACUUUAUACGAUGUGUAAAUAUCUGUCUAUAAAUUAAAGUUUUUAAAUACUCUACCAAAUGUUACCUUAACUUUAUCAUAGUUGUCUGGGUGAUCUUUUGUUUGUUUUCAACAAAGUGAGCAAAAAAAUGAAGAAAAAAGUAUUUAAAGAGGAUGUCACAAUAUCAUAUAGAGAGUAUAUGUGUUGUAUAAAUUUGUACAGAAUCUGUAAAAAAAAUAAAAUAAAAAAGAAUUCAGAGUAUUUUCAUUGUAUUUAGAAUUUAGAAUCAAUAUUGUCUAAAAUUAUCUGACCACUUGAAGAAUACCCUUUGCUUACUUUUUUUUAAUCUAUUUUCUCAAUCAAAAUGAGCACCAGUCAUGCUGAAAUGAUUGUGACAUCCUAACUCUGAUCAUCAGAUUUGUGUGCGCUGUGAAUUUCUAUUUGAAUCCACCCAUAAAACUUCAGAUAGUUUCCAAUUAGCAAGCAUGAGCUGUUAUUAAUGCUCCACAGCAUAGAAACUCACAUUCAGAACUUCAGAGAAGUUCAAUGCCUUUCACAUUCACCAAACGCAAUGCGUAGACAUUAAAUAAAUGUAAGGUAUGCUUCUUUCUUGUUUACAUUUAUAGAAGACUUUUUCUUGGUGUGAUAUCACAAACUCAACUCUGAAAUAAUUUAAAGCCUGCUAAUGGCACUUUGCAGACCAGUUUGAAAUGAAGUUUUUCAUGUGCACAACUAAUGUGGACUACAGUUGUUGGCAUUCUUAAACAGUCCUUGGCUUGUAACAUACAAGGCAUGAUGUAUUUUUUUUUUUUUUUUUCAACUUUGAAAUGAAUCAAUUGUACAUAUUUUCUCAAUGACUGGCUGUAAUAAAAUUUGUUUCU